UGUAGGAGGGACCUGAGUGACGAUGAGAGAGCGAGAUAAGAGACAGACGGAGAGAGAGAGAGAGAGAGAGAGAGAGCAGAGAGAGAGAGAGGUGAGCGGUGCACACACAUCACUAUCAACUGAAUUUAUCUUAGCAAAAUACCUCUGGUAUUCCAAGUAUGGAAGGCAAGUUUUUAUCGUCCCCAAAACAAUCCGAACGCAAGCCGUCAUGAUUGGGGGAUCAGCCAGAUUCCUUGAAAAGUGCGUGUUCGCUGUUUCGGGGGACUCCUACGGAAAAGUCGGUUCUGCCUCUGCUGCCUCAAGUCCUGCUCUCCCGCUCUAAUGCCUUGCCCAAGGUUUUGAGAAGCGCUGAGGUGAGUCGUAGGUUGUUGAGCUGCCUGACGCGGAAUAGGAGAAAAUUGCGGACAGAUCAGAAAACUGUUUCCCGAACUCAGGCAGCAUGCUGUCCGGAAUACCUACGGGUGGCAGUGCGCUCGGAACCGAUUCGCACAAACAAUACCGAAUGGCGCUGGGUCAAGGCAAAGCAAUAAAGAAAAAAGUUUAACAUGAUUAAGGGACAUACAAUGGAUACGGACAAAGCCUCAUCUAAGGUCUCUGGAUCCAAAUGUCACCCCUCCUGGAAGCUGCCCCAGGCGGGGACCAGCAGUGUGUGACGGUGACGGGUGGGUGGCGAGGAGAGGAGAGGAGGAGGCCACAAACACAUCGGCUUUCGGCUGCGAUUCUGCACUAAAUUGGCCCAGGCUGCGGCCUGUCCUGUGAGGACGAGCAGAGAGUGCUCUGGUCUGAUAUCUCAGCAUGAAUGGAGUCAGAGUCAACUUCACUUAGAGGACCUGCUCUUCCUAAUGAGACCGCUGUCUCUCUUAAAGUUGAGGACUAAUCAAUUACAGGGGGAUUAAGCCUAACCCUACAGCUUCGUGUUCUACCACCCCGUGAAGAAGAGGUGAACUCAGCAUUAUCGAACUCUUUCAGUGGACUGUUUUUUUGUUGAUUCUUUUGGUGGAUUUACUUCAAUACUUUCAAUACUUUUCACAUUUUUUUUGUUCUUUUUUUUUGUUGGUGCAUUGCUUUUUCAUUUCUCCAACCCAAGGACAUUCCCCUCCUUCUGAUUUUACACUAUGGAGUUUCAGGCUGGGCUGUGUAAUAAAGAUUGGGGUUCAUUUCUGCGUUUCUGGUUGACAGUCAUCCUGAGCCUCAAUGUGCACUUCAGCUGCCCUGCGACCUCGUGCCCAGAAGAGUGCCGCUGCGACAAAACCUUUGUUUACUGCAACGAGCGGAGCCUGACGUCUGUGCCUCUGGGGGUGACAGAGGGCUACAAGAUCCUCUACCUCCACAACAACCAGAUCAACAAUGCAGGGUUCCCAUGGGAACUACACAACGUGGCGUCCGUGGAGACAGUGUAUCUCUACGGCAACCAGUUGGACGAGUUCCCCAUCAACCUGCCUAAGAACAUCCGGGUGCUCCACCUGCAAGAGAACAACAUCCAGACCAUCUCCAGAGCUGCCUUGGCCCAACUUCCCCGCCUAGAGGAGCUCCACCUGGACGAUAACUCCAUCUCUACGGUUGGGGUGGAGGAGGGGGCGUUCCGGGAUGCUGUCAGCCUCAAGCUGCUCUUCCUCACCAAGAACCACCUGAGCAGUGUCCCCAUUGGUCUCCCAGAGGACCUCACAGAGCUGCGAUUAGAUGAGAAUCGUAUCGCCGUCAUCGCUGAGGAGGCGUUCCAGAACGUGACGCGGCUACAGCGCCUCCUGUUGGAUGGCAACUUGUUGACAGACGAGGGCGUGGCACCGGGGACGUUCCAGGAGCUGUCCAACCUCCGGGAGCUGGCGCUGGCCCGUAACUCUCUGACGUUCCCCCCGCCCCUCCUCCCGACGCAGUCCCUGGUCAAGCUCAGCCUGCAGGAUAAUCAGAUGGACCAGAUCCCAGUGACAGCCUUCUCCGGCCUCCAGAGGCUCGAGAGACUGGAUAUCUCCAAUAACCAGCUGCAGACGCUGACACAGGGGGUCUUUGACGGCCUCGUCAGCCUCAGACAGCUCACUGUUCGGAACAACCCGUGGCGCUGCGAUUGCACCGUCAAAUGGGUGGUGGUGUGGCUCAAGUCGCUGCCAAGCUCCAUCAACGUGCGUGGUUCAAUGUGCCAGAGCCCAGCGAGGGUGCGCGGCAUGGCAAUCAGAGAACUCACCCUGGAUUCUAUCCAGUGCCCAGCUGGGACGGACCUCCAGCCCGACUUCUGGCCUACCCUGCGCUCCACACCCCCGCACCCCCAACUCCCCACCACCACCCUCAUUACCUCCUCCAUGACCAGCUCUAUUCCCACCUCCACAACCUCCUCCUACCCAACAUCACCCUCCCCUCCCCCUGCCCUGCCUCCCCACCCCGCUGGCCCACUGCCCCCAUAUGAGGACCCCCUACGGAUAUCCUUCCAUGUGGUCAAUGCCUCCUGCAUCGAGGUAAGCUGGGCUUCCUACUUCACCGUCACAGCCUACAAGGUGACCUGGGUCAAGAUGGGCCAGAGCCUGAUGAGCGACGUCAGCCGCGAAAGGACGGUGAGUGGGGAAAGGCGGAAGCUUAGCUUGACCAACCUGGAGCCCAGGUCGGUGUACCGGGUCUGUGUUUAUGUGCUGGACACCCUCAACUCCUACCGCCCAGGGGAGGAUACAAUAUGCUCAGACGCCAGAACCAAGUCGACCUCAUCCAGCUCCAACAACAACAAGGCCACAGGGUCGGAGGAAGCUCAACAGGACACCAACUCCACUCUCCUUUUGGCCGGGGUGAUAGGCGGGGCAGUCCUUGUCAUCCUGGUAAUGCUGCUGAGCCUGUUUUGUUGGCACAUGCACAAGAAGAGCCGCUCUGAAUCGUCCAAGUGGAAAUACAACCGUGGCAGGAGAAAAGACGACUAUUGCGAGGCGGGGACCAAAAAGGAUAACUCUAUACUGGAAAUGACUGAGACCAGCUUUCAGAUAGUUUCCCUGAACAAUGAGCAACUUUUGAAAGGGGAUUACAGGAUUCAGCCCAUCUACACACCCAAUGGAGGCAUCGGCUUCAGAGACUGCCACCUCAGUAACAAUAGCUUAGCCUACUGCAAGAGCAGCAACGUUCCCAGCACCGAGUUCUGCCACACGUGAUGCUUCUAACAGGAUGCUCCCACACCAGUUGUUUGAGAAAAAAAUAUACUGUACCAUAGAUAUUUCCAAGUUCUGUCUGCCAUGUAAUUUAUACUGUGGACAGUAAUGUGGAAUUCUAUCUGCUAUCUUUUUUACUCUUAGUUAGAAGGAAUACAAAUGGUUUUCUAAUCAGUAGGUUUAAAUUACAGUAAGUGUUUUUUGCUUAACUUCGGGAUCGGUGUCCCUUCUAUGGGACGGUUGAGCUAACGUAGGCUAAUGCAAUUAGCAUGAGUUGUAACAAGACAUUUUCCCAGGACAUAGACAUAU